ACCCCGAGAGAGAGAGAUCUCAGCAUAGCCGUCCUCCCUCUCUUGCUUCAGUCUUCUUCUUGUCUGUCGCCAUGACCGCCGUCUCUGAGUUCCUCGUCUCUCAAGGAAACCCUGGUUUGACUGCGAGAGGAACCGGGCCUGCUCUGCCACGGGCGAGCGGCGGUCCGCUUCUUCUCGCCUUCCCCGGCGCCGGAUCCUUUCUGAAGCGGAAGGGCGUGGGAGAGUACCGUCGCCUUUGUCUAGUCAAUCCGACCCGGAGGCUGACGCUCUUUCAUGGUCGAGUGAUCCCUCCGGCCACCGCUUCCCGCGAAGGAUCGGAGCAUUCGGAUGUUGAUGUGGAAAAGGUUAAGAGCGAGAUCGAGAAGCAGGCAGAGGAAACAAAAGAAGUAUGGAUAAAGACAAUAGAAUCCCUUAAAUCGUAUGCAAUAAACAUGCAGAACAUGUCGCAGGAGGCAUAUGAGCUGUACUCACAGCAAGCGGUAGUAAUCCUUAAGCAAAUGUCUGAGCAGUUGAAGGGACAGGCAGAGAAAGCUAGACAAGAUAUGGCUAUCCUUGCAGAAGGAGUUAGCACAGAGGGCAAACAAUAUCUUUCUACUGCAGCAGAGAAUUCUCCAGAGCCAGUGAAGGAUAUUGUAGAAACUUUUGCUUCUCAAGCUCCUGAACUCAGAGAAAUAUCUGAAGUUCGUGAUUUUUUCAUCGGCAUUCCCUAUGGUGCACUUCUAUCUGUUGGAGGUUUUCUUUCCUUUAUGCUUACUGGAAGCAUUCCUUCUAUUCGGUUCGGCAUGGUUCUGGGUGGUGCUCUUUUGUCAUUAAGUAUAUUAAGUUUAAGAGCAUGGAAAGAGGGAAAAUCUUCUCCUUUAUUUUUGAAGGGUCAAACAGGAAUUGCAGCUAUCCUUUUUGUUCGGGAGCUCCUAUUGUUUUGUCAGAGACCAUGCAUUUGGACUGCAGCUGUGGCUCUUAUCAGUGGCUCCGUCCUUGCCUUUUAUGCAUAUAGAAUCAAAGUAGAGAGUCAUACAGAAGGUGGUGAAAGCAAGAAGUUGGUGUGAUUGGAGGGUACGUUGUAAAUAAGCGUCACUCCGAAGGGAUCUUAUUUGCCUUUUCCUAAUUGGUGCGUGGUUAUGUUCCUGAAGUCUGGGUGCCUUAUACCUUUCACUUGAGUUCAUAAUUUCAUGUAAUUGUUGCCCCUUAUACAUAAAUAAUUAGAAAGUGUGCUGGAUGUGUUCCCUGC